AUGGAGAGUCUCAAGGCGGUAUUCUUUGGGCCUGACCCGCAAGCCCAGAUGAGAAAAUGCAAUGCUUUAAUACGCUCUAAUACACGCCAACUUGACCGCGAUCUAACCCGGUUGAAAACUGCGGAUAGCCAGACUCGGCAGCACAUCGUUAACGCCUCCAAACGGGCUCAGCGAAAUCCGUCUCAGGCCACACAGGCCACCCGUGACACUAAGACCUUUGCGAGGGAGCUGGUGCGCAUUCGAAAACAAACCGCUCGGUUGCAUACCAGCCGCGCUCAACUACAGAGUGUCGGAAUGCAAGUCAACGAAGCCUUCUCGGCGCGUAAAAUCCAAGGCAGCCUUCAAAAGUCGACUGGAAUCAUGAAGGAUGUCAACACACUUGUCCGGCUACCGCAGUUAUCUGCUACGAUGCACCAGCUGUCUUCGGAGUUAGUCAGGGCAGGCAUUAUUGAAGAGAUGGUCGAUGAUGCCAUCACCGACCCGGCAAUGUUCGAAGAGGAGGAAGAAGAAGAAGCAGACUCGGAGAUUGAUAAGGUCUUGCAGGAAGUUCUACAGGGAAAGCUCUCCCAGGCACAACCCGUCACGGCACCUCCUGUGGACAAGAUCUCAGAGCCGGAAUCCCCACAAGCCGAGGAAGAGUUCGAAGACCAAGAAGCUACUCUGGAGCAAAUGCGAGGCCGCUUGGAGGCUCUCAGGAGCUAA